AUGGAGAACGGCACAGAGGGCAAGAACUUCUACAUCCCCAUGAACAACCGGACGGGGCUCGUGAGGAGUCCUUUUGAAUAUCCACAGUACUACCUCGGAGAUCCCAUCCAAUUCAAACUGCUGGCUGCCUACAUGUUCUUCCUGAUCUGCACUGGCUUCCCCAUCAACUUUCUUACUCUGUUGGUCACAGCUCAGAACAAGAAGCUCCGGCAACCUCUUAACUUUAUCCUGGUCAACUUGGCUGUUGCUGGACUGGUCAUGGUCUGCUUUGGAUUCACCAUCACCUUUGUAACUGCCAUCAAUGGCUACUUUAUUUUCGGACCGAUGGGCUGUGCCGUUGAGGGAUUCAUGGCUACCCUGGGAGGUCAGGUAGCUCUCUGGUCACUGGUCGUGCUGGCUGUUGAGAGAUACAUUGUCGUCUGCAAACCCAUGGGAAGCUUCAAGUUCACUGGAACCCAUGCAGGAGCUGGAGUAGUGUUCACUUGGAUCAUGGCUCUGGCUUGUGCCGCCCCUCCACUGGGUGGCUGGUCCAGGUACAUCCCCGAGGGUCUGCAGUGCUCAUGUGGACCUGACUACUACACUCUGGCUGCAGGCUUCAACAACGAGUCAUACGUCAUGUACAUGUUCACCUGCCACUUCUGUUUCCCAGUUUUCACCAUCUUCUUCACUUACGGCAGCCUUGUGCUCACAGUCAAAGCUGCCGCAGCUCAGCAGCAGGACUCAGAAUCCACUCAGAAAGCUGAGAGGGAAGUGACACGUAUGUGCAUCCUGAUGGUGCUGGGCUUCCUGGUGGCUUGGACCCCAUAUGCCAGCUUUGCUGCAUGGAUCUUCUUUAACAAGGGAGCUGCAUUCUCAGCCACAGCCAUGGCCAUCCCUGCCUUCUUCUCAAAGAGCUCAGCACUGUUCAACCCCAUUAUCUAUGUGCUGAUGAACAAACAGUUCCGUAACUGUAUGCUCUCCACAGUUGGAAUGGGAGGCAUGGUUGAGGAUGAGACCUCAGUAUCAGCCAGCAAGACAGAAGUGUCUUCUGUCUCUUAA